AUGUUGGCACUGGGUGUUAUUACUGGGCUAUUGGCCUCGCUUGCUGCCUCGCAGCAGCUUUACACUACGACUACCGGGGCAACAGCUCGACCCCAAUGCAUGACAAAGGAUAAUAUAGCCCAUUCAACUCACCCGACAAGUUCGACGUCUUAUGUGGCUGGAAAGUUCCGGUAUAGCGCAUCUGAUACCGUGAGGUAUGCCACGUCGGUACCCUCGUUCACGUCCUUUACUACCUAUGCUGCGCCCUCGGACUCCUUGACCACUUUGUUGCCAUCUCUCACAUACACCACCUGGGGUAAAUGGAAACCUAGUGCGACUUCGAACGCCUCCGACACCGCGAACAAGUAUGGUCAAGCCGCUUGGACGGCCCAAUGGAAAGAAGCUCGUCCUGUCGGUUUCAACCAGACUAGCGUGUAUAGCAGUACUGUAUCCCCUACACCGAUUCCCAGUAGCGAGCUAGUGCUUCCCCCUCGCGACUAUUUUGGGCCCUCUGAUUGUUAUCAAUUCCCUAAUGACUUCGUGUUCGGAGUUGCUUCUUCUGCUAGCCAGAUCGAGGGGGCUGCUGCAGACGAGGGGAAAGCUCCUUCAAUCAUGGAUAUCAUUGUCCGUGAUGAUAAACCCAAAGCCUAUGUCACCAAUGAGCAUUAUUACUAUUACAAGCAAGAUAUUGAACGGGUGGCUGCCAUGGGUGUGAAGCACUUUUCUUUCACUAUUGCCUGGACUCGCAUUCUCCCCUUUGCCAUGCCCGGAACACCUGUGAACCAAAAGGCUAUUGAUCAUUAUGAUGAUGUGAUUAAUUUCAUCAUUGAGAAAGGGAUGGUGCCAGUGAUCACCCUCACUCAUUUCGAUCUUCCGUUGCAAUUUUUUGACUACCCUCAAGCUCUUGACGAAGGUCUUUCAAAGACAGAACUUCAGUACCUCAGCUAUCUGACAGCGGGAUACUCAAACGAUACUUUCAGUGAUGCCUUUGUCAACUAUGCGAAAAUAGUCCUCUCGCACUAUGCCGAUCGUGUUCCGACGUGGUUUACCUUUUGCCAGCCCCCUGAGAUUGGCAAUACCACUAAAGCAGUCUAUAACAUUCUAAAAGCCCAUGCUGAUGUCUAUCAUUGGUACAAGGACGACCUGAAGGGAACCGGCCAGAUUUCCAUCAAAUUCAACGCUAACUUUGGAGUCCCGCACAAUGCAACGAGUGAAGCCGAUAUUUUUGCGGCGGACUAUUACAACUCCGUUCAAUUAGGCUCAUAUCUUAACCCGAUGGUUCUUGGAAAGCAAUAUCCGGAGUCGUUCAAGUAUUUCAUGGGAGACAGCUAUAUUCCCCUUACUGCUGAGGACAUCAACCACUUCAAGGGUACAAUAGAUUUCCUUGGACUGGACGCUUACAGUCCUUUAGUUGUGACCCCGCCAGUUUCGGGAAACACCAGCAGUAUUCAAGACUGUCUCCAAAGUAGUUCUGCAGCCCUCCAGCCGUGGUGUGUUGAGACCUCAUCUCUGAAUGAUUACGGAUGGAAUAUAGGCUAUCGAUCGCAGUCGUAUGUCUACACAGCUACAACCUUUAUUCGCGAGUAUAUAAAUUACGUUUACCAGACUUGGCCCGUCCCGAUCGCCAUCACCGAGUUUGGAUUUCCUGUGUAUCAUGAAGCUUCCAAAGACCUUUCUGAUCAGCUUUUUGAUUCGCCUCGCAGCCAAUAUUACCUAGCAUAUAUGUCCGAAGUUCUGAAGGCCAUACAUGAGGACAAUGUCCCUGUUAAAGGGGUGUAUGCGUGGUCCUUCGUUGACAAUUGGGAGUUUGGAGGUUACGAUCAGCAAUUUGGCAUGCAGACGGUUAAUCGCACUACACAAGAACGUCACUAUAAAAAGAGCUUCUUUGAUUUAGUCGACUUUAUGAAGGCCAGAGGGGUGUGA